CUUCCAUGAUUUCCCUUUGUGCUCCAUUGCAAUGGAGGCACCAAGCCUUGAGCAGCUUUAUCUUGAGGAUUUCCCCGAGAUGCAGUUACUUGAAAGUAAUCGCCCAUUGCCAUGCCUUCAUUCAGCAACGGUUGAAUUUGGUCGUAGCGAAAUCUCGAACGAGGGCUUGACUAGGGUCCUCGCCCAAAUCUCUAACGCAAAGGAAAUGCGCUUAUCGUGGAGCUUGCUGUGUCUUUUGUCAAAUGACAAUGGUGAUGUUCAGCUGCCUAUCUUUCCCAGUUUGACACGCUUGAAAAUAGGAUCCCCUGGAAGCAGCUGCAUUCUACACUCCGUGCUCAACUCGGUCCCCAAAUUACAAUCUCUUAACGUAAUCUUGGAGGAUGGUAGGGGAACAAUGGAGUGGGAGGAUUUUAACGACCAUGGUUGCACACCUGAGUGUUUGUUGUCAAGUCUAGAGGAAAUUAAGAUCGAAGAUCUUAUAGCAGAUAAAGGCGAGAUGGAAAUGGUCGCAUGUUUGCUCGAGGCUGGAGUGUCACUGAAGAAGGCACAUGUGCACAUAGUUUAUGAUGAUGCAGAUGUUUACGAGGAGUACGGUGAUUAUCUUAAAGCCAUCCACAAUCGUCUUGGGUCACUUGUAAAGCUACUAAGAAGCUCGAGAGGUUGCGAAGCUCAUCUUUUCCUUCCCUUUGGCGAUGAGAUCCACGUUUGUAGCGACGACGAGACCCAUGGUAACGAUGCUGUUGAUGGCAUGGAAGACGGUGAUACAAAUGUUGAUGAUGGCAGGACCGACAAUGACAAUGACAACAUCAUCUGUGAUGGAAAUGAUGGAGAAAAACAAAUUUGACGAGAUGGGUGAUGAGAUCGACGCGGAUGAUGAAGAUGACGAUGGCACCAGUAGAAUUAAAGACGGCUCCCAGGAGUCCUAUGAGAAUAUGGAUUACUUGUCAGGUAAUGUUUUGAAUGAGUAGCCCCUCUUUGGAUUGAGUAAGAGUUUGAUAGUAUGCUGAUGAUAUUGAGACUUGAGAGACUGCCAAAGACAGCACGCAGGAAGGAGCCUCGGACCAAUACAUUGUUUUCUCGACGUAUUUGAGUUUUGUAUAAUGAGCUGAGUUUUUCUGAUGAUAUGUAUUUGACUUAUGAGCUAAGUUUGCAUUAUUAGAUCCUAGUUUUAAUCAUGUUCGAUCUGUCUUGUAAGGUCAUGGAAUGUUGGAGAAUUGUAAAGGGCUUUGGUGGGAC